GACACUAGAGAGAGAGAGAGAGAGAGAGAGAGAAGACAGCAGAUAAUCGCUUCUUGCUUCGAAGAAAAAACGUUCGUUCAAAUUUUUGUGCGUGCGGCUUGGUGCGACCAUCUCGUGCCGUUGCAAGCCCCAGCAAGCCCUCCUCAAAACGAAUUGAGCAAGCAUUCCGGUGGUAGAUAAAUAAAUAAAUAAAUAAUGGCUGACGAAGAUUUCGACGGAGACGAGGUCGCGGAUGAUUUCGAUGAUGUAGACGACGAGGACAAUAUUGAAUUAGAGCCUCAGGAAGAUGAUGGUGAAAAUAUUGAAUUGUUGAAUGCUAAUGAAGCUACCGGUGGUGUCCAAAGAUCAAAAAGGAUAACGACAAGAUAUAUGACCAAAUACGAAAGGGCAAGAGUUCUAGGUACAAGAGCAUUGCAAAUAGCGAUGUGUGCUCCUGUGAUGGUAGAAUUAGAAGGUGAGACGGAUCCAUUACAAAUUGCAAUGAAAGAAUUAAAGCAACGAAAAAUCCCUAUAAUUAUACGCCGCUAUUUACCUGACAACAGUUAUGAAGAUUGGGGUAUCGACGAGCUAAUUAUAAUAGAUCAUUAAUCUGAUUUUUACAUCAAGAAUUAAAGUUUUUUCUUUAUAAUUAUAUUUAUUAUCGGUACAAUAAAUAGUGUUUUAUGAAAAUAUUUGCUUUUCAAAUUGUGAACAUAAGCUAUUAGAAGCUUUUUCUCCUUGACAACUAGGUAUUGCAAGUUAUUUAAAAUGACGUUUUGUACUUUUUAUGGAUAUGUCCUUAUUUUAAGAUCACACUGUAAAUAAUAAAACAUUUAUUUCAUAUAA